AUGUAUCGACGACACGAGUCGCUCAUCAGUCAGGUGACCAAAACAGCAGAUGACGUGCCUGUGAUCGUGACUAGAUUGGCGAGCACGGAAAAGAACGACAUUGAUUACUAUCCUUUUUCACAAGUACUGCGAAUACGUGUCCUACAGAUCGUCUGUGGCAUACUUGCAGUCGUCAUGGGCAGCGUGGCUUGCAUAGAAGAGAAAGGUUCAUUUGGCAACCUCGGGCUGGGGAUACCGACCGGACUCAGUACCGUACUCGCUGCAGCAUCCAGUAUCCACACCAGCCGUUUGUUCAGCGGCUACAGGGACACGCUGAUGUCGUCUUCCGGCCAUCCUAGGGUCUCCGUGCUCCGCCUGUUGGGGCCCACCACUCAGUCGGCAAUCGCCGUCGGCACUUUCUGGCUGCUGGCCCUGGCGCUCAACGCCGUCCUGUUCACGCGGGCCGGCCGUACGCUGUUCAACUACGACGGUUCGGCCAGGUAA